CUCUUCGCCUGGCAGGGUUCGCUAUGAAAAUGGAGUAGCCAGUGCACCUGCUGUAUCUGGGGAUUCUGAUGCAUGAGGCCCCGCGCAUCCUGGAGGUAGGGGUUUUCGCCUCGGACCUCAUCCCCACUGGGUGCGGGGUCCUGCCAGGUUGUAGUCAGUCUAUGCCGUGGAUUAAGAUAUAUUUGUAUGGCUUGCUUGAUUUUGCCCACGUUCACUAUAAGCCUAUUUGUUUCCGAGCUUACGUGGACGAUAUCACUAUGACCCAGCAAGUCACUCAGUCCGAGAUCUUACAGAGCAUCCUUCCUGCUGCGGCUCACUUGUGUCGUGUGCUGGAGGCUGCUGGCACCAUCAUCUCAGAUCAGAGCGCCUUUGCCUGCUCGGACCGAGAUCUGAAGGACGAGUUGCCGUUCCAGUUCCAGACGGCAGGGCUUCCCAUUCGUCCUGACGAGAAGGUUAGAGAUUUGGGGGUCAUGACCACGGGCUCCUUAGCCCCGCCAAGGAUGACCCCCAGUUUAGGCUUCGGUACGAGCAAUUGAAUGGAUUUGCUACCCUGUGGAACGGUCUUGAGCAUAGCAAACGAUUGGACAUUGUGCGUUCCUGGGCUAUGCGUUUGAAGAAGUGUUUUGUCACGCAGCACCGAUGUUCGAGGUCCGAUAGCAGCCGCCAUCGCCGUGCUUAAAGAUUUACAGUGGGAGCCCGUGCCACCUGUGCUCUGGCGCGUUGGUACAGUUGAGCUGCGCGCGACCGGCGCGGAUUUCCCCUCUGGUCUCUGGCCCCUUUUAGAGACGACUUGCUCUAGCGUGUCUUGGCAGCAAGCAGCGCGACAUUACAUGGGG